UUAUCACUGAAACUAGGGCCUAUAUUAUGUAGUAGAUCUAGAACCAGUCUAGUAGGAUUAGUGACACCACACCUCAUUAGGUCAACGUGUAAAUCAACAUCGACUGUGUCACACACUGUGUGUAAGAUCUGCAUUCGUCAAGCCACAGUGCAUUCAUCUAUGUGCGAGCCUACAGACCUUUCACUGAAGCCAACUGACAAAGCACGAGUUACUGUUACUGUUAGCUGAAUUAUCUAAAUCUAGAAAGAAAAAACAAGAUCUAUUAUAAGUGACUGACCUUCUUCACAAGUGCAACAUGUGGCUAAAGAUAAUUAUUACUCUACUUACCACAUCAGUUGUGGCAUUGGCAAUCAUAGGUUACACUCCACUACCUGCAGGAGUUAAAGAUCCUGUCAAAACACAGAUAUUUAUGGGAUGUUUCAAAAUAUUCCAUAUUGUGAUGCAAGUCAGAGAGUACUUAGGCUAUGGCAGUGUAUACAACAAUAUUAGAGUGCUUCAGCGUGAGAGAACUUUAGUUGGAGACCCUCCUUCUUCUAAGUAUGGAGAUAUAAAAGUGACGAGAGAUAAAAUAGCUGAUGUUCCCGUCAUUAUUUACAGACCACCAACAAGAGAACUAUAUUCACCUGCAUUGAUUUACUUCCAUGGUGGUGGAUGGGUGCUAGGAACUGCUGAUGAAAUGGACACAAAAGCUUACAACUAUGCUAAAGCAACGAAUAUGACUGUCAUUAACGUUGACUACAGAAGAGCACCUCAGUUCCCCUUUCCUAUUCCCAUCCAAGACUGCCUAGACGUCACAAGAUACAUUCUACAGAAGGGAGAUGAAUACGGCAUUGAUGUUAACAGUAUCGGUGUUGCAGGUGAGAGUGCAGGUGGUAAUGCUGCAGCAGUUGUGGCCCUUAUACUUACAAAAACAAGGCCGGAUCUUCCCUUGUUAAAGUUUCAGGUCCUCUCCUACCCAUCAUUGCAAGGCUUUGACUUUAGGCUGCCGUCCUAUGUGGAUUAUCAAAACACCAUGCCCUGUCUCACAGCUAAGCUCUCGGCUUCAUUUCGAUCCCUGUAUUUUGGUCUAGAUGAACAUAAAACAGACUACUAUGCCAAAAUAUUCUCAGAAAACAGACACAUUUCCCCUGAGUUUAGGAAAUCAAAAUAUUCAGAGUACGUCAAUGUUAACUUACUGCCCAAAGAGUUCAGAACACCAAACAAGACAGCCCCUGUUGUCACAGAACCAUAUGACCCCCAAGUUGCAGCCAAAGUUGAACCAAUCAUUGUUAAUCCUCUCUUCUCUCCCCUGAUGGCGCCAGACCUGUCUGGGUUACCUCUCGCUUACAUCCAUGUUUGUGAGUUUGAUGUACUACGUGACGACGCAUUAAUGUAUGCUCGUAGGUUGAAAGAUGCAGGAGUUAGUGUGACCUUACAUUUUGGUUAUGGUGGUUACCAUGCCGACACUCUGGUCCCUGAACUGCUACAAUCAGAGAGUGGUAAGGCAGGAUUUGAAACUGCUUGUGCUUUUAUAAACAGCCAAAGGCAGGUGUAAAUAUAUUUUGGUUCUGCAAUCACUUGCUCAUUAGAGCUAAAAGUAAUUAUCGGCAUAUGCAUAGUACAUCAACAUAGUGCUGUGCUUAAAUAAGAAUUGUCCUAUACUAAGAUUAAUUUUAUACUAGUUAUGUACACAGAUUCACUUGAUGUUUGCUCAAAUUAAUUUGUUGUAUGUGUUAUACUACAAUUAAUUGUACAUUUGGGCCUAAUGAAAAUUGUUCAUUAGUUGGACCCACUAUGAUGAAUUUAAUUGUAUACUAGCUCUAGUUCACAGAGUGUGUUUGCUGAAUUUUGUACAUUUAUUUUAUACUAAAAUGAGUUUUUACCAGAAAUGUAAGAUGAUGUACUCCCUUGGUUUUUUACUAAAUUUAAUUGUAUAUUUAUCAAAAUUUAAAAUUUUACUAUGUAUGCAGAUUGUGUCCCUUGGUAUUUCACUAAAAUUAAUUGUACAUUUGUUUGAUGCUUGUUACUUAUAAUUUUAGGGCUGGGUUAGACAUAGUUAAGAACAACUGGGAUAGUGCAUUUGUAAGUGGAGUUUAGCCAUGAAUUGUUGUAUUAUUUCUCCCUUUAUUGAAUGUGAGUAUAAAAGAGGUAUGAAUGAUAAUUCAUCGUAGAUUUUGAUGGAGUCUAGGGUAAAUUAGAGAUCAGUUGUGUGUAAGAAUGAAGUGGUUGACUGUAACCAACUAAUAGGCUGUAUAAAAUACACCAGAUAUACAAGAAUACCUACGCCUGCAGCCACUGCAAGCAAUGUUCUCUCUAAGCUGCGCAGUUUUGAGCUGCGGGGCAGUGAUUUUGUAAAAUAAAUUUAUCCUUGUAUAAGACUUUUACAACACCGCGCAUAAAAAAUACAUUUUGCAUAUUAGCUUUUCCUUCUUAGAGGGAACAUUGACUGCAAGUUACCUGGACUUGUUAGCAGGUACCUGUUUAACUAGAUAAUGUGUCUGUUGUGUUACAAGUUCUGUAAGUAUUGAUUGGUGAGAGCGAAGAUUGGUUGAAUGAAUGAAGAUGUUAUAUAGAGAGAUAGUGACACAGAAGGCAGAAAGAACGUUGUUGCCAUCAAAUGAAAGCUAGUGAGUUGGGAGCUAGGUAUCAAAUAAGUGAGUCCGGUAUCUGCUGUUGAUGUGUGAAGAAAUCAGUGUCCUGUCAAUGACUAGUCCACUUGAAGACUAGACUGUUGUUAGUAAUGGUUUGAAUAAAGUCUAGAAUA